CGAGAACACUUUACAUAUGCGUUCGCACAACCCCCGAAGAUAAAAUAAUGCCAACACCAUCUCGCGCCGAUGUCUCCAAAGUCGCGAAAAAACCUCAGAUUGAGGCGUCUCCUCUAUGGUAUCAAGAUGUACCCAAGCUGUCUGGGUCAUCUACCGCUCUCCCACCCGUCACGUCUGCCAAAUUGUCCUCCUUGAUGGAGCGCGGCGCAUCUCUUCAUGCAAAGGCGGUAGAGACAUACCAGUCAAGGUCAUCCUCAACAGUCACAUCGUCCAGCUCAGAUUAUGCAUUUUUGCAGAAAAUAUUGCACUCAGGCACACUGUCAGACAGGCUCAGUGCUCUUACGCUCCUCGUGCAAAGCAGCCCAUUACACAACACAAAAGCGCUGGAAACUCUGAAGGGGAUGUCCGAACGAGGAAAAGGAAAAGGAGGCCGGGAAGAAAGUCUUAAGGCUUUGCGAUGUAUACUCGAUUGGUGGGUUGGAGGCGGCGCACCGAACCGGAAGUUGAAGUACUUUCGUGAUCAGCCUCUAUUACACCACGGCGUCAAGGAUGAUCAUAUCCUCAUUUGGUACUUCGAGGAUUGGCUAAAGAAAUAUUUUUUCUCCAUCCUCCAAAUCUUAGAGGUCCUUUCAAUGGAUCCGCUGUCAUACGUGCGCACCCAAGCACUCUCCUUAACUUACUCCCUCCUUCGCGAAAAACCUGAGCAGGAACAUAAUUUACUUAGGCUACUGGUUAACAAAUUGGGCGAUUCCGAGAAAUCCAUAUGUUCUCGCGCUUCCUAUCACCUCCUUCAACUUCUACAAGCUCAUCCGUCUAUGAAAGGCGUCGUCGUACGCGAGAUGACGUCCCUCAUCCUUCGACCAAGCAUCACGACACCUGCCACUGCGCCAACUACCAAUACACAUAUCCGCUUCACCGACGAGACGACCACCUCGACAUCCAAGCCGAAACCGAAUACGAAACCAAAACCCAAACCAAAAUCUAAGCCUGACGGUGCUACAAAGAAAACGAGCAAUGAGCACGCGCGCUAUUAUGCGACGAUAACGCUUAACCAGAUUGUGUUCGUUCCGGGAGACAAAGAUGUUGCUGUACAGGUCAUCGAUGUGUAUUUCCAGAUGUUCAAGGAUUUAUUAGGGGAGAGUCGGUCGCAUAGCAAACAAGAAAACGUCGAAGAACAGGACAGAGAAAUCGUAGGGAAGAAGAAAAAGCGGAAGACAACUAAAGAGGUCGUUGGCGAUGGUGGUUUUGCGGAAGUUGAAGAUGCCUUUUCAAAAUCGAUUUCCGCCAUAUUGACAGGUGUGAAUCGUGCGUUGCCCUACGCAAAGCUGGGCCCAUCGGAUGUCAGCUUGAACAAGCACAUCGACACCCUGUUCCUCAUCACACAUACCUCAACGUUUAACACCUCUUUGCAAGCCCUACUCCUUAUCCAGCAGAUAUCGUCCUCGCUCUCCCACUCACCUGAGUCUUCAUCUUCUGCAACCUCGAAGAGCAUUGUAGACCGGUAUUAUCGAACAUUGUACCAGUCUUUACACAAUAGUCGCCUCGCCUCAUCCUCAAAACAGACCAUGUACUUAAACCUACUCUUUAAGUCCCUCAAGGCUGACGACAACUUCGAACGCGUGAAGAGUUUUGUUCGCCGGUUUGUCCAAGUGCUUGCAAGUGGUAGUGCUGGCGGGACAGAGUUCAUUGUGGGAGGAUUAUACCUCCUAGGAGAAUUGUUCAGUACAGUUCCAGGCUUGCGAAACGUUUCCAAGGGAUCACAUUCCACUUCUGAAGAACAAUACGAUCCACGAAAGCGAGACCCACAGUUUGCGCACCCAUCAGCUUCUCCCUUGUUCGAAUUGAUUCCCCUCAUACACCACUAUCAUCCCACCGUCUCUUUGCACGCACAACAACUCCUCUCUGGCCAACCUAUCACGUCAAGCCCAGAUCUGUCUUUAAAUACCCUUUCUCAUUUCCUCGAUCGGUUUGUCUACAAAAAUCCCAAAAAAACAAAGGCGAAAGGCUCUAGCGCCAUGCAGCCUGCAGCCGGCGCGAACGACAGGAUUGGCGUGAAACUAUUGAAAGGCGAAUCGUCCGGCGGUGCUCUACCGAACGACGAGAAAUUUUUGAAUAGGCGAUUACAGGAUAUCCCUGUGGACGAGGUCUUCUUCCAUACAUACUUUUCGAGGAAACGCGAAAAGGAUAAGACCAAAAUUGUCCAUACCGGCAAAGGGGAUAGUGAGGCAGAGGAAUCGGAUGAUGCUUCAGCGAGCGAGGCGGAGGAAGCACUGGACACAGACGUGGAAAAUGCUGAAGGUGAUGACGACGGUGGUGAAGAUGAAGACAGUGACGCCGAAGAGGCAGAUAUAUGGAAGGCGAUGCAAGCCAGCAUGCCUCGUAUGGCGGGAGAUGAAGACCUUAUGGCAGACAGCGACAGCGUCGCUUCAGGUCUUGAUGAUUCCGAUGGGGAUGAUGGGGAUGAUGGGGAGGUUGAAGUUGCUGAGGAAGAUGAAGAUGGUGGUUCUGGCGAUGAUUUCUCCAUGGUCGAGGACUCUGACAAUGAGGAUCUCAUUGGCUUGGAUGAAGUUCCUCAAGGUCUCAUCGAGUAUGACGGAAUCGUUGAAGAAGAAGAUCAUGGCGACGGCGAAGAACAAUGGAAUGGCUUCGGUAACACGAAGAAGCGAAAACAGGAGAACGAUUCCAAACGUGAAAAGCGGAAGAAGUUGAGAAGCUUGCCGACAUUUGCAAGUUACGAAGACUACGCAAAGAUGAUCGAGGACGGUCCCGAGGACGAUAUAUAACAAUGGUGUGGAUAUGUAUCUUACAUUGUCUAGUCAUUUCCCAGUCCUGUUCGCAUCCUGACCGACGCAGCAUGCCAAGACCUUGUUUAGUCCAUCCUCGAACUUCGAGCUCGCCGCAAAUUUGCUCAACCAUCGAGUGCAUCAGCAAUUCAGUGCAGACGCAAGAUUUUAUUGAACCAUCGAGUAUACUUGUUUCACACUAACGGACGCGAUGG